AUGAAUCCCAUUCGAAGUCUAAGACUACUCCCACGAAGUUCAGGUCCCAUCAAAAACAACUGGACCUGCUCACAAUGCCGACACUACGCGACACCUCCUCCAACCACCCUCCCAGCGCCUCCCCUGCUCCUCAAGAUCCGGAAAGACCUCAAGAAUGCCAUGAAAGACAAAGACACGAACCGGCUGAAUGUACUCAGAGGCCUAUUAGCAGAUGUCACGGCUUCGGCGAAGACGAAUCGCCCGAUCAAAACAGAUAUGGAAUUGCUUUCGAUACUACGGAAACGAGCAGCAUCGGCCAAGCAGGCGAGUAAUGAGUUCAAGGCUGCGGGACGGGAGGACUUAGUAGAGAGAGAGGAUGGGCAGGCGAAGGUGUUGGAGGAGUAUGCGGGUGAUGUUGAGACGAUGUCCGAGGAUGAUAUUAGGGAUGCUGUCAGCAAGACGGUCGCGGAGGUGAAGGCUCAGGCUGGUGGCAAGGCGAAUAUGGGCGAUGUGUUGAAGAAGCUACUUGGAGCGGGAGGAGAGCUUGAAGGGAAACCGGUGGAGAGAGCGGAGGUGGCGAGGAUAGUCAAGGAGGCGUUGGCGACUCCUUGA